AUGGUGCUGGAGACAUUUGUCCUGGAGCAAGAGCCCACAGCAAGGCAGCGUGCCAGCUCGUUGUCCCGACGGUACGAGGCUCUGGAGGCUUUGACCCAGGCCUCCUUGGAAUCGGACCAAAUCCGUGGGCGUCGUGGUCGAGGUGCAGCCCCCACGAUGCACCUGGCGGACGACGAGGAUGCUCCGAAUCGAGAUUCCUCGGCACAAAGCCCGAGGGCAAGCUCCGUGGAAAGGCAGUAUCUGUUUGAGACUGCGGCCACGGAGCUCCCAGAGCAUGGAUCCACACGUCGACCCACGCCCAAGUCGGAGGACACUACCAUCUUGUCAUUCGCGGGGGAAGUCUUCAUGGAGCUCUUCGUCAAGCUGCCGUUCUUCAUAAGUGUGGACAUCAUGAUGAGCGCCAUCGACCGCCUGGAGCCCGGCUGGCAGGUCGUGAAGCCAGAUGAGCAACACCGCUUCGCUUUUGAAUUCUUCGACAAGGGCAAGGAGGGAAAGAUCCAGAAAUCGGACUUCAUCGCGCAGAUGCAGUCCCUGGCCAAGGAUUUCACUUCCGAGGAGUUGGAGAUGAUGUUUGAGGAAGCAAAGUUCGAGGAUGGCGAUCUCGAGCAGAUGACCUACAAGGAGUUCGUGAAGAUGAUGAUGCGCUGA